UUUCCGGCGUCGAAUAGAAAAACCGGACUAAAUACAUUCGGAGAUGCAAUCCUCCACGGUGACAUUAUGCACCGCCGCUUCUCCGCCGUCGAAUAGAAAAACCGGACUAAAUACAUUCGGAGAUGCAAUCCUCCACGGUGACAUUAUGCACCGCCGCUUUUCCGCCGGCGAUCAAUUGCGCUUCAAUCAGACCGUUGAGAAUUGUCAAUUUCAAAACACCUGUAUUGAUUUCACUUGUCGAUUUUAUCUGCGAUGACCGUAGAAAACGACGCAGUCUGUCUAUUUCUAGUAGAUGUGCGCGGCGGUUGCGUUUGAAUCGAAAUUUUAUCUCUAGUACCACUGCCGCAGCUGGCGGCGGCGGCGGUGGUUCCGUUUCGGAGCUUAACGACGGCGCUAGGAAACUACUGCAGGUCAUUCUGUGGAUAGCUGAGGCUGUUUAUAUCGUUUGGCUCUUCUUACUUCCCUAUGCUCCUGGGGAUCCUGUCUGGGCCAUUAGUUCAGACACAAUCAGUUCUCUGAUAGGCCUUUCACUCAAUUUCUUCUUUAUUCUGCCUUUGACAAACUUAGUCGGUAUUCAUCUCAUCGAGGCACCAGUUCUCCAUCCAAUGUCUGAAGGAUUAUUCAACCUUGUUAUUGCGUGGACGUUGAUGUUUGCUCCUCUGCUUUACACUGAUAAACUGAGAGACAGAUUCAAGGGAUCAAUUGAUGUAUUAUGGGGCUUUCAGAUGUUUCUCACAAACACGUUCUUGAUUCCUUACAUGGCCAUACGUCUGAACGAGGCUCAAGAGGACGACACUCCAAGAAAGACCUCUCAACUUGGUUCAGUCAUGACAAACGGAGCAGCCAUUGUUGGACUCACUGGUGGGCUUGUAAGCUUGCUGUCGAUAGUUUGGGCCUUUUACGGCCGAGGAGAUGGUAAUUUUGGAGAUUUGGGAGAAAGACUGGAGUUUCUGCAAAACUAUCUUGGAUCCGAGAGACUCGCCUAUGCCUUCAUCUGGGAUAUCUGCCUGUACCUAGUUUUCCAGCCAUGGUUGAUCGGCGACAACCUCCAAAAUGUCCAACAAGACAAAAUUGCUUCGGUUAAUCUUCUCAGAUUCGUCCCAGUAGUCGGCCUAGUAGCCUACUGCCUCUGUUUAGACACCAGCAAAGAGACAUAG